GACUCUAUCAUUCAAAUCCACCAAGACCCUCUUCAUGAACAGAUAGACUUCACGACAACUCCUCCCUUCGCAUUCUCUAAGCCUCUCUGGGGUCUUCAAAUGGUGACUUGAGCACUCAAAGCCUCCCUCGGUACAAAAUGUCGAGCUCGGGAGCUCAAGGGGACGAGCAUACGUCACAUCGCAUACAGGCCAUCCUUGACGAAGUGAUCUCUGUGUCCAGCGGAUUCCCUACCGAUGAAAUCUCGUCCGUAUACAAGUUUCUCAUGUCAUCCUCUGGAGGCUCCGCUUCUGGCCGACACUGGUACUGCGAUCGGGUCAAAACCGAACUGCAUCGUGAGGCAGCUACCUUCCUACUCUACAUCAUCGCGAAUAAACGCAAGGAUGAAGCGGCGGUAUUUAUGGAUGCCUUGGAGGAGAUUCUCAGAUCAUGCGAAGCUUGCUCCAGGCGGUUCAGUGGGGUCAGACGAAGAUUUCAGCAAAGAUAUCUAUCCCAGCGCACCUCUGAAGCCCAAUCUAGAUUCUUCACCGUCGUCGAUAGAUGGGAGGCGGAGUUUAUACUCAACGAAAUGCCUCAAUCGUCUCAGAUACAAGGCACUUCAAAGUCUAUCUCUCUGCUCAGCCAACCCAUGCUGCAGCUCUUGUUUGGUCAGCCAUCCUUGCUCAAGGUCGAAGCUGUUGGAGCACUCGUUGCUUCGGAGAGACUACCCAAAGAUAAGUUGUCGGGACUGGCUUCCCUGGGUAUAACGCCUGUGCUUGUCCAUUUGCUAUGCUCUUCGUCGCCCGAAACGAGGUCAUGGGCUGGGACUUGCCUAGCCCUCACAAGCCAACAUCCGCUGUCGUUGGAUGAUUGGAAGGGGACAGCCAUCGCGGAGGAAAUCCAGAAGCUAAUCGACGACAAGCCAGAUGCGAGUACGGAUAUGGGUUGGACUGCAUUGCUGGAUAUCCUCAGGUCUGGCUCCCUCAGCCGUAAUGCUCUUAGAGAAGGCUUGCUGUCGUCACCUUCGAGUCUGUCAUCAGGCGAUUCAUUUCUGCGUACAUUGUCAAAGCGGCUGGCUCAGGCAUCAGCUCUGCUGCCCAAGCUGGACGUUCUCAAGAUGUUGUUGCAACUGUGUCCAGCCAAAGAUUUAUGGUCCAACGACUUGUCUCUGCCGAGUAUCCUUUUUUCGGACAUUACCCCAAAUAAUGCCUUUCGCCAGUUGCUUACGACAUUUCGUGCGGCAGGAGACGUGGAUGCCAAUAGUGCGGCCAACGGUAAAGGCAAGGCCCGCGAGGUGGAGGAGACCACCGUGGGACCUCUUGCUUGGAUACCAGACUUCGUCCUCUCGUUACUGGCACUCCAGCGGAACGUCAACGACAAAGAUCACAGUGCUGCUUUCUCUGAGCUCCUGCCCAAGGUUGCAGCAUUCUGCUUUCAGGAUCUUCAAGCUGCCAAAUACGAGAUCAAUGUGAGAUCGCUCGCAGCUCGGACCGGCAUCAAGAUGCUCAUCGAUUUGGAGCGACGGCUAGGUCGAGACGACGAGAACUCGGAGCGGAGCUUGGACCGAGAUGACGAGAGCCCAGCGCGGAAGAGCUUGCGUCGGGUUCUUGAUGAACAAGCCAAGUUCAUCACUGCCAGUGCAUUCGACGGCACUGAUCAAUCAUCGGAGACGCAAGUUGUGGCUAGACAAUUGAUCCAGAUCUGUUUCCGCUACGACUGCAAAGACAUCAUUGAGACCACUUUGGGUCUGGCUAUCAUUGUGACCAAAGAAAUGAGGCGGCAGAAGCAAGCAAGGAGGGCAGCAGAGAAUGGAAACGCGAUCCCGGCUCCAGUUGUCGCUUCUCAUCUGCACAGAGUCAAGAUCAGCGAUCGAUUAUGGUCAGAAACCUACCAGCAGGUCAACAUAUCGAGCCCGGACAACUUGGCACUACUAUUCGCCAGUGUCGCCCAGUGCGCUCACAUAGAUAAGCUCGAUCGCUCAGGAUCAUGGGGCUACGACGCGCUGCGACUGGGAGCAGCGGUGGGUAGGGACGAUUAUCGCGACGCCAAGCAUUCAAUCAAUACGGCGAUCAAAAUCUCUCGAGACGAGUUCCCAAGACUGUUGGAGUCUGUAGCGGUGUCGUGGAGCGAUAGUCGGCAGGCGUCUUUCUGGAAAUCGGAUGAAGUUUGUCGGGCCGGAAUCAUACUGCUUUUGUCACCAGUUGAAGACAUUCAUAACGCCACAAGCAAUCUCCUCCAACAAUUCUUCCCGGAAUCCGACGUCCGAAGCGAUUACUUUCGUGCUCUUCUGCGCCAUAAUCCGAUAGCAUCCAUCGAUGGUUUGAUACAGUUCUUGGACACCUUUGUACAGACCGGUUCUUUGACUCAAGAAUCCUGCUCCCUCUCCAAAUGGCUUGUGCGCUGUUUCACGGACAUUCUCGAAGUUCUCUGUGGUCACGCUGGCGAUGAUGGUCCCCUUCUCCAAUCGAGCGAUUUCAUCAAUACGCAAUCGUUAGGGCAAUCAGCACGACGCAAAGUGCACGAGCUUUGGGAUCGAAUGUGUAAUGCUCUUUGUGUCAUCUUCAAGCGUACGCCUUCAUGGGCCGACUUUUAUGAUAGGGAAUUUAUGGUGGACUGGAUGCGAGAUGCCUUGAUCUUCGGGCGUCAAAUCGCGGACUAUUUCCGGUCCUUUGAAGCGGCUGCCUCUGACAACACGGAACAUGCCUCACGAGGUCCAUCGCCGGCGAAAGCCACACGAAGCGGCACCGAGCUCAUCCAGAUGCUUCAACCAGUCUUGAGAGACUUGACAACUUGGCUUCGCUUAAAUGACAAGGAAACCCUCUAUCAGGCAUUCGAGCUCAUCAGAACCAUAUUGGGCAGGAUCGAACAGACUAAUCCUGAUUUAGGCAAGGCUCCGAUCCUUGAGAAUGCCUUGAAAGAAUUGGACCGAUUCAGUCGCCGGGACGGCAAAUCAUACGACAACAAGGCAUUGGAUGAGAGUCAGCUUUCAGAGCUUGCCGCGAUGAUCCAGCCCUUCCAUCUGGUCUUUGACGUGGACGACGACGAUACUGGGGAUACGGGAAUUACACCGCAGCCCGGUAGCAGUUCCCCAGUGGUCGUCGUGGAGCCGCCGCUGAAGCCACCCAGCAAAGAUGCAUUCGCUAUCAUGAUGAAACAGUCGUCUCAGGGCAAGCCUGCGAAAACGAGUGAAAUGGCGCCGGCCAAGAGACCCGAGGUGGUGGAAAUUCAAGAUGACUCUGACGAAUUCGGUGACGAUGAUUUCUUGGAAGAGCUACCUGAGGAGGCUCUGCAGGCCAUGGAGCGUAAGGCUGCCGCAUCGACUGGCAGUCGGACAGGCUCUGUCGCCUCUUCAUCUUCCGCUGCGGUCACAAAGACCUCCUCCAAUCAGUCAGUUUUGCGCUUUCCUACGACUUUGGGCCAGACCCCGCGGCCACUUGGAAAUCAGAUCAGCGGACCUAACAUGACCGGAUCAAGGCCGCCGGCCCAGAAGCUCAAUAUGCACGUUGGUUCCUCGCUCGCCGGUCCACCGAAAAAGUCGAGCUUCAAAUCGCAAUUCAUGCGGGAUAUGCAGGCAGAGCACAAGUUGGCGUCCGCGGAACGUAAGCGCCAGAUCGGUGGGAUCGUGAAGAAAGUCCCGGCUGCGUCCAAACUUGGCUCUGGGCUCGGAGCGUACACUGGAGCUCGAAAACCGGUCUCAAAGCCAACUGUCGACGACGACACGUCCUCUGAUUCAUCGCAAUCGGACGACGAAGCGGGACUCGGCGCUCUGUUGAACAAGCAGAGGGAUACACCUAAGAAGCCGGGCCGCGUCCUGGUCGAGAGGCGGCCUUUGAAGACUAUCCAGACCAUUCAGAUUCCGAGCUACCAAGAUGCAAGGGAACGACAGCGUGCUGAGCAACACGCGAUGCGUCAGCGUCUGAAGCCUGAUCUCACACGACUUGACCGGUAUAUUCUUGCUUGGAAUCCUGAAUAUACCGGAGAGGACGCCCCGCAUCCUCCUGCCUCCAUGAAAGACCUGGCCAAAUUAACAGCAGUCCCCACGACAUUCCCGGCGGGAGUCAAUUCAUAUCAAGCCAUUAUGCGAUCGCUGUUCCUUCAAGAGCUGUGGGCUCAGUUCAAGCAGGAGAAGCCGUCGGCGCCUCCCAUCCCAACGGAAAUCAGCAUGAGAUCGUACGAAGAUGAAUUCAUCGAUAUAGAGCUCUCUGUUCAGGGUCGAGUACCGGAAGGGUUCUUUAUCAGUGAAUUGAAUCUGGUAAUACUGCAGCGACCACAGUGCAAGUCGAUCAUCGCCAAGGUUCAGGAUUUCAAACGCCGAUCCAAAGACACCAUGUUCAAAGUCAGGAUUUUGGGAUCCAUGGAUCAAAAAGAACUGCAUAUCAAGAGCAAGUGGUUUGUCCAAAAACACAUGUCUCUCAGUACGGCUCUCCGCGAGUUCGGGGCUUUGCAAGGUCUGCCAUAUUAUGGAGAUCCCUUACUUUUAGACAUCCUUCAGGCCAGAAGUGCGACCAUGCCCUAUCUCUCUGAAAGGGAUAUUGCAGAUGCUCAAAAAACUUACAACUUGAACGAACCCCAGGCUCGGGCGGUUCUUGGAGCGCUGGACGUCAAUGGCCUCGCUCUCAUUCAAGGUCCCCCUGGAACCGGGAAAACGAAGACGAUCAGUGGUCUCGUCGGCAAAUGGAUGUCUGAACGACCCGCGCUGAUAUCAACGGAUCCUGGAGAGAGGAAACCACCAAAAUCUAAGCUUUUGAUCUGUGCACCGUCCAACGCAGCCAUUGAUGAAGUGUGCAAGCGUCUCAUCGAUGGAGUGCCUGGACCGAAUGGAAGGCGACAUCAGCCAAAUGUAGUACGAAUAGGUAUUGACACUUCCGUCAACAUGGCGAUCAAGGACGUCUCCUUGGAUAGUCUCGUCGAGAAGCAGGUCACGGCUUCGACAGCGGCCAAUGGGGGUGGCGGUACGGAGUAUGGUCGAUUACAAGCUGAACUGGAGGCUGUCAAGGUUUUUUUGCAGCAGAUCCAGAAAAAGGUCGAUAUUGCCCCUGAGAACGAGAAAAAAGCUCUCGAGAAUGAGAAGCACGCUCUCAUGCACCAGCGGACGACAUUGGGUCACCAGCUCUCGAGAGCGAAGGAUGCAGCCAGAGACGCCACCAGACAUCUUGAGGGUGCAAGGCGUGCUGCUCGGGAUGAUAUUUUGAGCAAAGCCGACAUCAUUUGCUCUACUUUGUCGGGAGCAGGUCAUGACAGUCUCGCUCCUUACGCCUUUGAGACCGUCAUCAUUGAUGAGGCUGCCCAGGCUAUCGAACUGAGCUGCUUGAUCCCGUUGCGCUACGGUUGUAAGCGGUGUAUCAUGGUAGGAGAUCCCAAUCAAUUGCCUCCGACAACAAUCUCUCAAGACGUAGAAAAGUUCCACUACAACGAGAGUCUUUUCGUCCGGAUGGUCAAGCAAUCGUCGAAGAACGUGCAAUUGCUCAGCAUUCAAUAUCGAAUGCAUCCGUUCAUAUCAGAACUCCCAUCAAGAGUUUUCUACGAUGGCAAACUGCAGGAUGGUCCGAAUAUGGCAAAGAAGACUGCAGCCGUCUGGCACGAAAGGAACGUGUACGGUCCUUACCGUUUCUUCAACGUCGAGGGUGACGAAAUACGUGUUGGCACAUCGACGAAGAAUACUGCCGAGGCCCUUGCCGCUGUCGAUCUAUACCGAGGUCUUGAGGAAUCCUUCGGAAGCAAGAUCAACCUCGCUCUGCGCAUUGGAGUGAUCACGAUGUAUAGGGAGCAACUGAACGAGAUGAAGAGCAAAUUCAGGAUAGCCUAUGGCGGGGAUAUAGAGCAGAAGAUCGAGUUCAACACUGUUGAUGGAUUUCAAGGACAAGAAAAGGACAUCAUCAUCCUAUCUUGUGUGCGAUCUGGAGCAUCACUCCCGAGCAUCGGGUUCUUGAAAGAUCCUAGACGAAUGAACGUUGCUUUGACCCGUGCAAAGAGCUCUCUCUUCAUUCUAGGGAAUGGCGCCACGUUGGAACGGAGCGAUCAGCGAUGGAACACAAUCAUUUCUGACGCGCGAGAUCGGGGAUUCUUCGUCAAUUACACCUCCGCCACUUUCGCGCCUGCUCCUGCCCCUGCGUUACAUACAAACGUUUCUGGCACACGCAAAGAGAAGACGAAGCUCAAGCGCACCGCCAGCGACAUGUCUCUGGACGACUCACCCGAUAAGGAAGUCUCAAGCAUGUCCAACGUAUAUCGAAAGGUCAGCAAAAGAAAAUCUCCUGCCCCUUCGCCGGUCAAAUCCGAGUCCUCUUCCAUGCGACCACCAGCGGGAUUAUCUCCAGCCAAGAGAAAAUCUUCGUCGGAGAGCAUCUCGAAUAAGAAGAAUCGUGACCCAAAACCCGCCAAGUCGCAUAGUUCGGACUUCGAAGGCCGGGACAAGGCUAGCGACGUCGCUCAGCCUGUCAAGUCGGCUCCGCUCAUCAAUGCAACCCCAAAAGCUGUGCCCAUUCCUCGACCUCCUCCACCGAGGCCGUUUCCUCAGGCACCUACCAUGGCCAAGCCGAGACCACCGGAAGAGACCAUGUUCAUCAAGAAGAAGAAGAAGCCCAGACCAUCCUAAUCUCUCGCACGACGCAUGAGCAUUGCUAUUCGGCUCAUGCCACUCCAUCGCAUGAUCACACGCUUCAGUCAAAACAUCCACCCGAGCACAGACCCUGCACAUCGUAUCUGUAUGCAUUUAUGCAAGUUUCGAAUCAGUAUCUCCUCCUGGACUGUAUAGGUUCGCCUUAUCGUCCGCGCUCAAUCCACUGCCUUGACCGACUUUGCUCUUGAGACCUGCCUGUGCUUUUCGCUUUGCUCUGGCUUGC